AUGUAUGUCUCCUACCCCUCUCUCUACACCCUGUAUGUCUCCUACCCCUCUCUGUACAUCAUGUAUGUCUCCUACCCCUCUCUCUACACCCUGUAUGUCUCCUACCUCUGCCUGUACACCAUGUAUGUCUCCUACCUCUGUAUGUACACCAUGUUUGUCUCCUACCUCUGCAUGUACACCAUGUAUGUCUCCUACCCCUCUCUGUACACCCUGUAUGUCUCCUACCGCUAUCUGUUCACCAUGUAUGUCUCCUACCUCUGUCUGUACACCCUGUAUGUCUCCUACUCCUGUCUGUACACCCUGUAUGUCUCCUACCUCUGCCUGUACACCAUGUAUAUCUCCUACCCCUGUCUGUACACCAUGUAUGUCUCCUACCCCUGUCUGUACACCCUGUAUGUUUCCUACCUCUGUCUGUACACCAUGUAUAUCUCCUACCCCUGUCUGUACACCAUGUAUGUGUCCUACCCCUGUCUGUACACCCUGUAUGUCUCCUAUCCCUCUCUGUACACCAUGCAUGUCUCCUACCCCUGUCUCUACACCCUGUAUGUCUCCUACCCCUCUCUCUACACCCUGUAUGUCUCCUACCUCUGUCUGUAUACCAUGUAUGUCUCCUACCCCUGUAUGUACACCAUGCAUGUCUCCUACCCCUCUCUGUACACCAUGUAUGUCUCCUACCCCUCUCUGUACACCCUGUAUGUCUCCUACCCCUGUCUGUACACCCUGUAUGUCUCCUACCCCUGUCUGUACACCCUGUAUUUCUCCUACCUCUGUCUGUACACCCUGUAUGUCUCCUACCCCUCUCUGUACACCCUGUAUGUCCCCUACCCCUGUCUUUACACCCUGUAUGUCUCCUACCUCUGCAUGUACACCAUGUAUGUCUCCUAUCCCUCUCUGUACACCCUGUAUGUCUCCUACACCUAUCUGUUUACCAUGUAUGUCUCCUACCCCUCUCUGUACACCCUGUAUAUCUCCAACCCCUGUCUGUACACCAUGUAUGUCUCCUAG